AUGGCCCCAUUGUUGCAGCGAUUAGUGGAUGAGCUGAACUCGGAUGAUGUCUUGGUAAGGCUGGCAGCAAUGGAUGCGCUGUCAGAUGCAGCCAUCGCAUCGCCAGAAAGUGCCGCGGUUAUCAAUGAUUCAGGAGCACCACAAAAGGUAUGUGAGAAGCGCAACUUCUUGUACGAUUAUGGAGCAUUGCAGAUCUAUGACCUGCUGCAGCACAGUAGAGAUGCCCCAGAUGGUGGAUUCAUCUAUCCGUCUUGUGUGAAAUUCCUUGGGACACUGAGCCGCGUUUAUCCUGAGGUCAUCAACAACUUCCCCAUGUUCGUACCAGCUGUUUUUGACAUGGUUCGACAUUUUGAUCAAGUUGAAGCAUCACAGAGGGUGCUUGCCUUUGAUACAUUCGCACAGAUUGCCUACAAAGCGGAAGCAAAGCAAAAUCUGCACAACUUGCUAGGUGAGCAGGGUAUUACUCGUACGAUGCAAGCAUUUUCUGCUGCUGUAUCAAGUGGACCGGUAGAGCUCCGUGUUCGACAUGUUGACGCUUUGGCAGUUUUGUUUGAAAAAGGUGCGUUUUAAUA